AUGCGACUGCUCGAGAUACAACAUGACGGCACGAUCGCGCUCACCGAAGACUUGAUGGGCGCCGGCAAAGUGCCCGCCUACGCUAUACUCUCCCAUACCUGGCUGCCCGGUCAGGAGGUCACCUUCGACGAGUUUAAAAGUGGUCUUGGACGUGACAAGGCUGGCUUCGACAAAAUCCGCUUCUGCGCACAACAGGCCCAGGGGGACGGCCUGCGGUACUUCUGGGUGGAUACGUGCUGCAUCAACAAGGCAGAUCAUGUCGAGCUUCAGCAUGCGAUCAACUCCAUGUUUCGCUGGUAUCAGGAGGCGACUCGAUGCUACGUUCUUCUAACGGAUGUGCUCAACGCUGAGCCAGCGACGAAUCGUGUACCCGACAUGCCCGCUUGGGAAGAAGAGUUUCGGCGAAGCCGGUGGUUUACUCGAGGUUGGACACUCCAAGAGCUGCUUGCUCCGCGCGUUGUAAGCUUCUACACUAGAGACUGGACGCAUCUAGGAGACCGAUACAACCUCAAACAACUCAUCCACGAGAUCACAGGCAUCCCCUGCCCUGCCCUUGCAGGAGCUAGGUUAGACACCUUCAGCGUAGAGCAGCGCCUAUCUUGGUCAAGCAAUCGUCAAACUACGCGCGAAGAGGACAAGGCGUACUCGUUGCUGGGUAUCUUUGGCGUCUUCACAUUCCUCAACUAUGGCGAAGGCGAGUCCAAUGCUUUUAAAAGGCUGCGAAAAGCGAUCGCGGAAAACUCGCAGGAACCGUCUCAGCCAAAUGCGUCACCUGCUGUCCACCACCCCUUGUACUACAUACCGUUUCCCAAGAACCGAUACUUCGUCGGAAGAACAGAAGAGCUCGAGAUACUCAACCAGAAGUUGCUGGGGGGCACAGGCUGCCAAAAGAUGUCGAUUGUGGGACUCGGUGGGGCUGGAAAGACACAGUUAGCCUUGCGGUUUGCAUACACAGUCAGAGAGACCAUGUCAGCCGUUUCGAUCUUCUGGAUGCCUGCACUCAGCAUGGAGAGCUACGAGCAAGCUUGUGUGGCUGUCGCUGCUGCUUUGCACAUUAAUCAGGCGGAGACGGGCGAAGAUAACGCAAAAGAGCUGGUGAGAGAGCAUCUGAGUGCGGAUCAGGCUGGACCGUGGCUGCUUGUGCUCGAUAAUGCAGAUGACUACGACAUCUUGUAUGGCGCCGAGCAUGCUCCGGGCAUCAUCGACUACCUACCGGAGAGCGAGAAGGGCAUGACUAUAUUCACCACGAGGGUACAAGAGCUAGCCGUGUCGUUGACACGAGGCGACGUUCUAGAGCUGGGGUCCAUGAGCAAACCAGACGCCACGAACUUCUUAGAGAAGUCUUUGAUUAGGAAAAACCUCACUGAGGACUGCGAAGCGGUAGAAGAACUACUAGACGAGUUGGCGUUCCUCCCUUUGGCCAUCGCCCAGGCUGCUGCGUACCUGAACAUAAACAGAACAACUAUCACAAAGUAUCUGCGGCUGCUAAGGCACACGGAGCAAGACACUAUCAGUCUAAUAAGCAAAGAGUUCUGGGACCAAACACGCUACAAGGGCUCGGCAAACGCAGUGGUCUCGACGUGGGUCGUGUCGUUCAGUCAGCUUCGAGAGCGCGACGCGGUGGCAGCAGACCUGCUAGCGUUCAUGUCGUGCAUCGAGUGGAAGGCAAUACCGCAGUCGCUGCUACCGAAGCUGCAAUCGCAAGGGCGAUUAGAAGAGGCUAUCGGCACGCUCUGCGGGUACUCCUUUGUAUCAAGGCGGGAAGGCGACAACGCUAGUGAGGUCGAUAGAGGAGAAGAAUGGUACGACUUGCAUAGACUUGUGCAUCUGGCUACUAGAGUCUGGGUAGACAAGUAUGGUAGUACUGCAGAUGUGGCGCAGCAGGCUGUUGCACAUAUUGCCGAGGUUUUUCCGAGCGACGACUUUGCCAACCAGGCCGUAUGGAGAGCAUACAUGCCGCACGCACUGCGACUACUUUAUACAAAAACAUCUGUUAAUGCUCAAAGCAAAGCCAAGCUGAGUUUUUGGGUGGGACGAUGCCUAGAUUUCGACGGUAGAGUUCCAGAAGCAGUGAGAUGGCUAGAGGAGUGCCUACGUUGCAGAGAGGGGCUGGACGAAGAUGAUCUAGAUCGGCUGUCGUCUGAACAUGAGCUUGGUGUUUCCUACCAGGCGAACGGACAGAUCGAGGACGCUGUACGGCUGCUAGAGCACGUAGUUAAGGUGCAAGACGAUACGCUCGCAGAGACUCACCCUGAUCGGCUAGCGUCGCAGCAUCAGCUUAGUGUUUCCUACCAGGCGAACGGACAGAUCGAGGACGCUGUACGGCUGCUAGAGCACGUAGUUAAGGUGCAAGACGAUACGCUCGCAGAGACUCACCCUGAUCGGCUAGCGUCGCAGCAUCAGCUUAGUGUUUCCUACCAGGCGAACGGACAGAUCGAGGACGCUGUACGGCUGCUAGAGCACGUAGUUAAGGUGCAAGACGAUACGCUCGCAGAGACUCACCCUUCUCAGCUACAGUCGCAGCAUGCGCUUAGUAGUUCCUACCAGGCGAACGGACAGAUCGAGGACGCUGUGAGGCUGCUAGAGCACGUAGUCAAGGUGCGAGACGAUACGCUCGCAGAGACUCACCCUGAUCGGCUACAGUCGCAGCAUGCGCUUGGUAGUUCCUACCAGGCGAACGGACAGAUCGAGGACGCUGUACGGCUGCUAGAGCACGUAGUUAAGGUGCGAGACGAUACGCUCGCAGAGACUCACCCUGAUCGGCUACAGUCGCAGCAUGCGCUUGGUAGUUCCUACCAGGCGAACGGACAGAUCGAGGACGCUGUACGGCUGCUAGAGCACGUAGUUAAGGUGCAAGACGAUACGCUCGCAGAGACUCACCCUGAUCGGCUAGCGUCGCAGCAUCAGCUUGGUGUUUCCUACCAGGCGAACGGACAGAUCGAGGACGCUGUGAGGCUGCUAGAGCACGUAGUCAAGGUGCGAGACGAUACGCUCGCAGAGACUCACCCUGAUCGGCUACAGUCGCAGCAUGCGCUUGGUAGUUCCUACCAGGCGAACGGACAGAUCGAGGACGCUGUACGGCUGCUAGAGCACGUAGUUAAGGUGCAAGACGAUACGCUCGCAGAGACUCACCCUGAUCGGCUAGCAUCAGAGGGCUGGUUACGCUAUAUAAUUUCGCAUAAAGAAUAA